GAAAAAUCUAUCGUUACUUCCGUUUCAAUGAAAACAGCAAAAUCACAUACCGGCAACUGAGAAUUUUAUUUAUAUUGAAUAUAUUUGUCAUUCAUCAUGUCAAGGGGCAGUAGUGCUGGGUUCGACAGACACAUAACAAUUUUUUCACCAGAGGGUAGACUUUAUCAAGUCGAGUAUGCCUUUAAAGCAAUAAAUCAGGGUGGAUUGACUUCUGUUGCUGUGCGGGGGAAAGACAGCGCUGUUGUUGUUACACAGAAAAAAGUUCCAGACAAGUUGUUAGAUGCAGGUACAGUUACCCACCUGUUUCAGCUGACAGAAGAUAUAGGAUGUGUUAUGACAGGAAUGAUUGCUGAUAGUAGAUCUCAGGUUCAGAGGGCAAGGUACGAGGCCGCCGUAUGGAAGUAUAACUACGGUUAUGAGAUACCUAUAGAUAUGCUGUGUAAACGUAUAGCUGACAUAUCUCAAGUCUACACACAGAGUGCUGAGAUGAGACCUUUAGGAUGUAGCAUGAUUCUAAUAGGUUAUGAUCAGGAAAUAGGUCCCCAGGUUUACAAGACUGAUCCAGCUGGCUAUUUCUGUGGGUUUAAGGCCACUACAGCAGGAGUGAAGCAGCUAGAAGCCAACAGUUUCCUCGAGAAAAAGAUCAAGAGAAAACAGGACUUCACCUAUAAUGAGGCCAUAGAGAUUGCAAUCACAUGUCUGUCCACAGUGUUGUCAGCUGAUUUCAAGGCAUCAGAAAUUGAAGUUGGUGUAGUCACUAAGGAGAAUCCUCAUUUUAAGAUUUUGACAGAAGAAGAGAUAGAUGUUCAUCUUGUUGCUAUAGCCGAGAAAGACUGAUCAUUAUGUUAUAUAUGUACAUUUCGUUACCAUCGGAACAAACAUGGAAUAUCAAAAUUUCAGAGAAAAGUAAAUUUCAACUGAUGUGUUAAACAUCUUAAAUGGAAUGAGCUUGUGUAAUAACAACUUGAAGUGUAACAGAAAAAGAAUGUUUUUAUAUAUUCAUGAAAGACCUGUAUGUCAGACAUUGAAACAUUUGUGGAAGAUCAGUCUCAAUCAGCCAGCCAUCUUAUUAAGGAAGCUUAUAUCAUACAAGUGUAAGAUAAUACAGUUAUAGGAUAAAAAUAUUUGAAGUCUCGAGUGAUUUUACUUGUGAAUUCCAUUUUAAGUGCUACAUACAAAUGUGCUGUAUAAUUCUCCAUGUAACUAUGUUUCAAUUUUACACUUACAAAUAAAAAAGCAUUUCCUCGA